AUGGUAGGUCACGGAGAAAGACCGACUUCUAGCCAGCAUGUUGAUAUGCCACCUGAGAAUUCACCAACAUUGUCAUUGCCAAUUUCUGUUGAUAUGCAUACUUCUCAAGAUGAGAUGAGCCCUCCUGUGACUCCACGGACUUUGGACGAAAAUGAAACGGCAACCAAAAGUGGUGAACUCUAUGGAAACCUUAAAGCGGAGAUAUGGAAAGAGUUCAUUUAUGUGCCUAGCCCGCAUACUAGCGAAGUUCUGUGUGAAGCUUUAACCGGGUGCCUCUUAGAUUGGAGCCUCAAUCGCAAGUUAUCCACAAUCACGUUGGACAAUUGUUCGACGAAUGAUGCUAUGAUGAGAUUGUUGUUAGAAAAACUUCCAUCGAACUCUCUACUGUGCGGCGGAAAAUUAUUGCAUAUGAGAUGUGCAGCCCAUAUCUUGAAUUUGGUGGUGCAAGAUGGGUUGCGCGUCAUUGGAAAGACCAUUGAGAAGGUGAGAGACAAUGUUUCUUACUGGACCGCAACUCCUAAGAGAACGGAGAAAUUCGAGGAGUCGGCUCGACAGCUUCGUGUGGAACUUGGUACCGAGUAUCCCACUGCAAAUUUGUAUUUUCCUAAAAUUUGUGAGAUAAAGCUUGCUUUGAAUAAUUGGAUUUCUUGCGGUAUCGGUGAGGUGGAGUCAAUGGCUAUAGAAAUGUUAGCUAAAUUUAAUAAUUAUUGGUCCGAUGUGCAUGGUAUCAUGGGAGUGGUGACUGUGCUUGAUCCUAGGUAUAAAUGUGUAUUGCUUGAGUACUAUUUUCCAAUGAUUUAUGGUACCAAUGGUGAGUUUGAGGUUGAUGAGAAUCUCGAUGUGUGUCGUGAGUUGGUACAACAAUACGAGGCUAAAGAGAAGAGAUGUAGUGAUAGAAGUGGCUUGCUUGAUCCUAAUUUUUCUAAUGACCCAUCACUUAGUGGAUAUGACUUGUAUGCCUCUCAACGAAAGAGAAAGGUUACAAAAUCGGAGUUGGAUUUGUAUUUGGAUGAGGAUGUUCUACCACGAACGCCCGAUUUUGACGUCUUAAGUUGGUGGAACUCUAAUAAAGGCAAGUACCCAAUUUUGCAUCAAAUUGCUCGGGAUAUCUUAGGAAUUCCAGUCUCUAUGGUUGCUUCCGACUCCGCUUUUAGUACAAGUGGACGAUUGAUUAGUCCUCAUCGUAGUAGACUUCACCCCACGACUAUUGAGGCAUUGAUGUGUUCACAAAGUUGGAUGCAAUGCGAGCAAGGUAAUUCCCUCUAA